AUGAGCAAGACGUGCGCUCGCUGCGAGAAGACGGUCUACCCGAUAGAGGAGCUCAAAUGCCUGGACAAGAUAUGGCACAAGCAGUGCUUCAAAUGCCAAGGCUGUGGGAUGACUCUCAAUAUGAGAACAUACAAAGGUUUCAACAAACAACCAUAUUGUGGAGCGCACAUACCAAAGGCAAAGGCCACAACAAUGGCAGUGACCCCCGAAUUGACUCGUAUUGCCGAAAACACGAAAAUCCAGAGUAAUGUCAAGUAUCAUGCAGAAUUUGAGAAGGCAAAAGGCAAAUUCACUCAAGUCGCUGAUGAUCCCGAGACAAUGCGAGUCAAACAGAACAGCAAAAUUAUUUCGAACGUGGCCUAUCACGGUGAACUUGAGAAAAAAGCAAUGAUGGAGCAAAAAAGAACGAUGACGGGAGAAAAUGGCGAACAAAUAGAAUACGUAGAGUAUACAGACGGCACGAUCUCGCCAGCGAGUAGCGUUAAUGCGAAUCCCCCAGCACCGAUCUCGACGCGACCGGCAGUUCAGUCGCCGGUACAGCGCACGCCUGGUCGUAUUGCCGAUUAUGAUCCACUGAAAGAAACCAGGCCUAGUCCUUACUCCGCUAGACAGGCCGCUACUACCGUCAUUUACACGAGCGACAAAGGCCCAGUGACAAAUCCACCGACACGAAAAAUUGGUUCGGUUGCUGACAUUGAUCCUGUAAACGAGUACUAUGGAUCCCUCACCCCAGCUACGAAUAAUAAUUACGUUCAGUCAUCGCCACCUCCGCCAGUGGUAAACACAGGACGUGUAUAUCGAGCAAUGUACGAUUAUGAAGCUCAAGAUCACGACGAAGUAAGUUUUUGUGACGGUGAUUUAAUAAUCAACUGUACAGCCAUUGACGAAGGGUGGAUGACUGGUCUUGUGCAGCGUACAGGGCGCCAAGGGAUGUUGCCAGCAAACUACGUUGAGCCGGCUCAAAUUUGAAUUUUGCAAGCCUGUUGCUUUUUCAUAAAAGCUGUUGUUGAAGAAAAAAAAAGAAAAAAAAAAAAAAACACUCCUGAUAACGAAAUGAGUGAGCAUGUUAAUUAUAGAGUUUAAAGUCUACUGUUUAAGACGUUCAAUUUAUUUAACUAAGCGAAAAGUAACCAGUUCUUUUUAGAAGAAGUGCGUUACUUAAUUUCUAUUUGAAUGCUAGACAAUUGUCAGAGAUGGAAAAAUUUCUUCUCGCAAGUAGACUUCCAGAAAUUAAGCUUGUUUAAUAUUUAUUGUAAUGGGCAGCAAGCUUUUUAAACUUACAGCUUAUUCUUUUAUUAACUUUAAAAGAUGCUUUAAGUUUAUGUUUAAGACUAAAUACAAAAUAAAAAAAUUAAAAAAUUAUUAAUUUAUUGAAUUUCGAGCAAUAAAUUUUUUGUUUAACUAAUUUACUAACAAUUGAUUAUGAAACAUGGAUUUUUAUACAUAUAUAUUUUUUUUUACGGUAUAUAUCUUUGAAAAAUCUUAUUGUGUGCAAAACUCGUGUAUAUU